CCAAUUAUCAUGUCUAGUAAGAAUUUUGGUGAUGGUUAUAUUGCAUGCCAUGGUGAGGGGUUUAACAGUUUUAGGUUGUGUCCAGAUAUAGAAAACUAUCCCUACACCAGUCCUAUACUUUCAUCUUCUAGCAGAGCGGACAGAAAUGCUAAAUUAAAUAGAGGAUUGGAUUCAAUUGAGAAAACUUCCUGUUUCCAUUUUUCUCCUAGUCCUGGUUCUCCCGAGUUCGGAGACGAAUAUUCUCUUUUCCGAUCCCGGUCUACCAGCCUGAGUUCUAGUGAAGGCAGUGUUCGGAGCACUGGGACGGUUUGUGAGAGUGACAUAUCCUCCAGACAUAGAUCUCUCAGAUCCACUGAACCUCCGUCCAGAGGACUUUCUCCAGAAUCAAGGAAUCCAGGUAUCAAUGAACAAGUAAAAACUGCGACAAAAAGUUGGAAAGCCUGUGAUGAAACUAACCUUGCGGAUUCAAGAUCACAGCUCAGCAGUCGGGAUCCGAACCCAGUAUCAGUGAAACCUACCCAACCCGGAGCUGAACAUAGACGAAGAGAACUAAGAAGAAAGAAGUGUGAGGAUGAGAGUCAGGGUUCGGAGCAAGCUAACAGGCUCACGAGAAAACUCUCAGGAAGAAUGUUAAACAAUGGAAACAUGGAGCAAGAUGAUGAUAUACAAUCUGUCAGUACUGUUUCCGGUUCUGGCAUCGAUUUCUUUCGGAAAUUUGUCCAACGGAAAGGGGACGGUUGUCGGGAGUGUGAAGAUCGGUUCCGGCGUGAAGUACUGAUUGACCGUCUUGUGUCCGACUCUUUGAAUACCCGGGCUGCAUUAUCGGUCAGCUCUACAAAAGGAUCAGGGAGCGAUCAAAAACCGGGUUUAAGGAGUUUAGAACAAAGAUUUUCUACCGGAGAAGAUUUGAAAGACAAAAAUCAUAGAUGUGACAAACAUAGAUAUGAUUCCUCCUGUGAUGAUAAUCAGAGUAUAUCUACUAAGAGUUCUGUAAGUGUGGUUUCUUCAGUAUCAGGAUCAGGACUCCUCUUCCUCAAAAACUAUUUGAAGAAAAAGAAGUCGAGCAAAGGACGUUCUUCUGCUGGAACAGUUUCCAGUAAAGAUUUAACUAACAUGAGUUUCUUCAACAGUACUCCUCUUCCCUUCCCUCCUCCCCAACACUGCUAUGGACCAGCCUUUGUCAAAGAUGGGAAUUCAAGUCCAGAGAGUAGACGUAUGUCCGUCUGCAGUACAGUUGCAGAUCUAUUAAACGAAGAUUUUGAUUGUGAUGAUUCUGAGUUGAAGAAUCUGGAUUGGGAGGAGUGGGAUGAGCAUAUACCUGAAGAUCUAAGCUAUGAUGAUCUUGUGUCAGUGAUCAGUGAGAGCUUCUACAGCGACGAUCAUGAUUUGUCUGAGCUUUGUGAUCUCGACCUCGAGGGUAGGAAGACUGUAGUUGCAAAUGAGAAAGAAAUGUAUCGACCUAACUCGGCAGCAGAUGAUUUAAAUAAUCUAAAUAAUCAAGAUUCGUCAGAAAAAUGCAUUUCCCUGGAGGAGAAUAUCGAUGACCCAAACACUUUGGAUCAGGAGACGAGAGGGUCGUCUAAAUCAAGAUACAACUCAAGGUUGAGCUCCUUCAUGCAGGACCUGGAAGCAGAGCUAGAACUUCCACCCAUGACUCCUGUCUCGGAUGAGAAAGAGGAAGCAGUGAGAGCUAUCAGUAGAACUAUCAGUAAGUAUAUCAGAACAAAAAGUGACGGAAGCUACGACGGAAGAAGCUCAAGACAAAGUAUCUAUUCUUACUCCAGGACUAAAAGUAAUACAAGUUAUGAUGAUGGAGAGAAGAGCAAGUAUGGAUCCAACAGUUACUCCCGUCAGGACGACUAUGACAGGUAUUCAAGAAACAGUGCAUAUAACGACCUAGGAUCAUAUUCAAGACGUAAAAAUUAUGACGAUGUUGGACGAGACUCAAGAUUAUCCUUGGCCAGCCCCAUGUCCGAUUAUCUACCUGAGUUAAGCUCAGCUCCGUCUCCCGCACUUUCUCGAAGGCCUCUGAGUCAACUAUUGAUGUAUGACCUACCGUCUAGUCCGACAGGUCGUUUAUCACCCGAGGAGGGAAAAUUGCAAUCAACGGGUCACACUCUACCUGUACGAGGUGUGAACUCAGUGGUGAGGUCACCGGCCUGUGGUCAGUCCCAGCAGCAGUUUACGCACCAACAAAUAUCUCAGAUUCUUACUCUACCCAAAAAUGAAUUUUCUCUUAAUUUUGAAGGAAAGUCUCCGGAGUUCAAACAUUCAGAAUUACCAGGUCAGAAUCCCUCGGAGGCAAGGCUGAGAAAUAGUGAGAGUAAAAUCAAGAAUGCAAAUAGAGACAGUUUACUGUGUGGGUCAACUUCCUAUUCCCCAGGACCUAAUACACCCCCUCCCCCCGCACCACGUCCUCAAUUCUACAGACAUUCCAGUUCUAAUAGCUCCGACAGUGGUUGUCCGCUGUUUGAAGAUAAAGUUGCUAGUCUUUCUCCUACACCGUCCCCCAGAACCAAUAUAGAAGUGUUAAGCAAUAAUAGAACCAAGCUUGCUAACUUUUGGGAACGUAGUUUAGGAACAAGUCAACCUGAAGCAUCUAGUUGGGUACCAGGAGCAGCACAGUCCAGACAAGGGUUCCAACCAGUUAAAUCUAGCUCUGGGUCGGAUAAUAACCUGGGGAGUUCCCAAGACCGGCUUGCACACUUUUUAGAUGUGACAAGACGCGCUGCAGAGGGACGGAGAAACGGUCGAGGAUAUUUUCAUCGAGCCUCUACUGGUUCAGACUGCUCAGAUUUUUUUGAACGAAUUCCUCCCUCCCCCGGGCAAAGGCGGAGAGAUUCAUUCACUGAAUAUUUUGUUUAAACCUCGUGAGUUAAGAAUACAACUAAUCCAGUUUCCGGUCAAUCCACUCCCGAUGAAUGUAUACAGAGGAACCGGUUAUCCCAAGCAUAACAAGAUUAUUAGAUCCAUUAACACUGUAUCAGUGAAUUAACAAAAAUAGAUUAUUUGAUGAA